CAGAAGCCUGAAGACCUUCUUGCUCCCCUCUUGGUUUCAAAGAGAUGGAACUACAUCGGAGCCAACCUCUUCUACUCUGGGAACAAGUUUUGCUUCUCCUCGCUUGGCGAAUAGGGCCGCUUUGCGUCUGGAAUUAAGCAAAAACUCCAACGAAUCCAGGACAUUGAGAUUUUGUGGACAGGCUCUCAGUCGCUGUCAUUCGCGCCGAAUGGACGAUCAAAGUACCGAUCGAGACGAACGGUGCCUCUGACGUGGCUUGGACAAGCCAGCCGCCUGAAGACUCUUGUUGUCCAUGUUCAGGAAUCUUCUCCAGCCUACAUGCGUCGCAAGCAUGAGCCGAGGGGCAUUAUCCGCUACAUGACAGAAAGAACAACAGAGCAACCAAACUACAGACGUUUUCGCUCUCUGCGGAACCUGCAAGGAUUGGACUACAUCCACAUGCUCCGUGGCAUGGAGCUGGUGACGUUCUUGGACUACGACCUGUGGAUCGAGAGGAGAACAAAGACGCCUGUACGAGACUUUACGUUUGUCAUGGACGUCAACAAUGCCGUCCGUCGCCCAAAGGCUGCAGAGGACCUCCGACUGUCUAGAUUUGGCUACCUCGCACCGCUGUUAGAUCACUACAGGGCUUGUGAAACAGACCGAAUUGCCGUGGGUCGGGCUAUCGAGCGGAGAGGUGCGUUUGGAGCACCACCAUCACCCCGUCCUGACCAUCGCAAUGCCAUUCAUCAACCACCGACUAUUGUGGUCGACUCCAGCGACUCCGAAGACGACGACGAGAACUCCGACAGCGAGUCGGAUGGCUCAGAUGACGGAAAUUCGCCCAGCCCUGGUUCUGGAGGAGGAGAUGGUGGGGGAGAUGGCGAGGACGAAGGUGACGACGACGACGGUUCGGAUGGAGGAGAUGGUGGAGGAGAUGGCGAGGACGAAAGUGACGACGACGAUGGUUCGGAUGGAGGAGACGGUGGUGGUGCUGCAGAACUCGACAUCAACUUCGACUUUGCAGCUAUGGAGGGACGCUUUCCUCGCGCAUCCGACAGAGGUUCACCAGCGUCUGAGAGAACAAUUAUUGAUCUGACCAGCGAUGGGGAGGAGUCAUUUUCGGAAUCGGAUGCCAUGACAGCAAGAGCCUCUCCUGAUGCGCCUGGCCACUUCUCGCGACCAGUUGACAGCAUCAACUCGGGUGAAUCUGGGAUGACCGAUAGCCCUCAGACAGCCCCAAACGACAAUCCCAACCAAGAUGAGCAACAGGUCCUCCAGCCAGGCGAAGAGCCUUCCCUCUUCGUCCUCAGUCCCUCCACACAAGAACAGUUGGAGUUUAUAGCCAAAGUCGAAUCACCAGAUCCGCGACAGGGCUCUACGCCAGCAGUGGCUGGAAACUCCAUGCCGCCUCCUGCGCGGAGAUCAGGCUCACGGAACGUAACGCCAGCCUCUAGGCAAUUCACUACGCCUGGCCGGCAACUACGAGCGGAGAGCGACUUGUUUGUCAGUGGAACCCCGUACAAUGACAUCGUCCGGUCGUCCAGCGCCCGAGGCAGCCGACACACCACGAGAGCCCCAACCGCUGGGAUGGAAGGAGAGCCUCAAGUGAUUGACCUCACCGGCCCGACUGGCGGGCUGAGGAGAAGCCGGGAUGAGCUCGAUGGUUUUAUUUCUCCAGACGGCUCUGUUUCUCGACGUGGGGGUACGGGAUCGGAAGGGAGUUCUCCAAAGAGAGCUCGAUUUGUUUGAGGGGCUGAUAGUUGACGAUGAGAGAACUGGGCUUUGAGUAGAAGCAUGGGUGUUGAGACGGUCACUUGCUGAGAACGGGGGUUGACGGUGCAAUGAUUACAAUGGAUGGACAUGCAGUGGACUACAGCGUCUGCUUGGCUUGGCUUUUGAAUGGGAGGAAAAUCGGGUGCAAUCACCACAAUUUCAAGCUACACGGCCUUUGGAGCGAAUGGGAACUGGCUAGUUGAGAACUGAAGAAGAUCAACAAAGAUCGAAGGCUUCGGUAACAAAAGGAGUUUAAGUGGUAGCUACAGGCUCACAGAUAUCAGCGUUUGCUCAGAUACUCAUCGAUGAUUUUGCGAUCCAAUAUGAGAG